AAAACUAUAGCAUAGAGCACAGAAAUGAUUAUUUCAAGACUCUUGCUCCUUCGACCAUUCUAUAGAAACAAUUUAAGCCCACGUAUUAAAUACUGUACAACAAAAACUGAAGCGGAGAUAGAAAAAGAAAAGGAACUAGAGCGGAUAGCAAAUGACGCAUCAAUAGAUGAACCACCAACAGCAUGCUGCCAGUCCGGCUGUGCCAACUGUGUCUUCAUUGUGUGGGCGGAGACUCUGACUAAGAAGAUGAAUAAUGCGGGCCCGGAGAUAGUGGAGAAGAUCAUGAAGUCUGUUCAAGACCCAUCUCUGAGAGCCUACUUGGAAAUGGAGCUAAGGCUGCGAGGAGUUAAGAAAUAGCUUCACUUAGUUAAUACAUAGAACUUGUACAGUAUGCACAUGAUUUUGAGCUAGUCAUUAUCUUAGUCUAAACCAAUGCCGUAAAACGCUGCAACUUUGCCUGGAUUUUGACGUUUUUUUCUUAUAUCUGUGAACCUAUUUUUCAUUAUGAGUUUCAUGAGUAUUAGUCGGAAAACAUACCCUAUGCCUUACCAGAUAAGACUCAAAUCUUAAUACCUAAUCAUACUGUAUUUCCGAUUUACAAGCAAUCAAAGUGGCAGGCAAAGUUGUAGGCCUAAGACGUAACUUUGCCUAGACGGAUAUCUCCAUAAAU